CUUCGCGUUGCCGCCGCCUUCCCGCUCCCGGCCGCGCGCCGGCAUGGACCCCCCGGUGAAGGCGGGCCCGCUCCUCCUCCAGCAGCCGUCGGGGCUGCGCCUCGGGGCCAAGCGGUGGAAGAAGGGCUGGUUCGUGCUGUAUGCGGCAAGUCCUCACGGCGUGGCUCGCUUGGAGUUUUUUGAUGGCAAGGAGGGGGCGGCUGUGGCGGACAGAGUCAGCACCAAGCGCCUGGACAAGAAGAUUGUGCGCCUGGCGGACUGUGUGAGCGUGGCCCCUGCCCCAGACGGCGUCCCCAAGGAGGGCCUGGCAGCCUUCCGCCUGGAGACCAGCGAGCGCACCUACCUCUUUGCCGCUGAGCCGCAGGAGACGGAUGAGUGGAUGGCCAAGCUCUGUGAGGCCGCUUUCCCGGGCAACUCUGGCAAAGGGGCACCAGCUGCAUCUGAACCCCGUGGGCCGAGCCCCCUGGAAAUGGCCACCAAUUCCAUCUACUGCUCCCGAGACGAAGCCAGCGAAUUCUGGGUGACAGUGCAGAAGACGGAGGCGGCCGAGCGCUGCAAGCUGCAGGGGGGGUACCUGCUGAAGGCCUCCCGGGAGGGCCUGCUGCUCCAAGACCCGCACUCACGCCAGCUGCUCUACACCUGGCCCUACCGGCUCCUCCGGAGAUAUGGCCGGGACAAGGUGAUGUUCUCCUUCGAAGCUGGCCGACGCUGCAACUCCGGCCCCGGCAACUUCACCUUUGAGACCAAGCAAGGGAACGAGAUCUUCCGGGUGGUGGAGGCUGCCAUCCAGCAGCAGAAGGCCCAGGCAGAAGAAAACCGGCAGAGCGGCAGCUCCCUGGACUCCGCUGAGGCCUCCUCUGGCGACACAGGCCACCUCCAGAGUGCCCUCGCCAGCCUGCAGCUCCCGGAGAGUGAGGCUCCUCCUGAAUGGCGGGGGCCCAGGAGCACCCGGGGGGGCACGGAGAAGGGAGGGGCUGCAUCUCCUCUGAAGGGGUGGGGCACGCAAGACCCUGUGCCCCAGCGGCAAAGCACCCCGCCCCAGUCCCCCCGCCUGCCCUCUGAGGACAUGGGCAGUGUCUACUCGGAGCCCCUGGACGCUGUCAGGGGCCCCCAGCCCGACCCCCUCUACGCAGACCCCCUCGACAGCAGGCGGGCAGAAGGUGGGGGGCUGGGGCGGACCGGCUCCCUGUACGAGCUGGUGGGGCCGGUGCCCAGCAGCUGCCGAGGCGGGCAGGGAGCUGGAGGGCACAUCUACGAUGAGCCAGAGGGGCGGGCCCCCAGGCCGGCUCCCAUCUACGAUGAGGCCCACCUCCCUCGGGAGGCCUGGCGGACUCAGGGCCUGGAGUGCAGGGCAGGCUACGAACUGCCUUGCUGGCCUGGGGCUGAAGACUACGCUGUUCCCGCCUUCCACCAGAAUCUGGGGCUCAAGCCCGCCAAGCCUUCGCCAGCCCCAAAGCCCCCCCGGACUCACAAGAAGCCCCCUGCGGUGCUGGAAGGGGCCCCCCCACAGAAAAAUGGCAACAACAACAACAACCACACCCCCCAGGAGGAGGAGGAAGCGGGGGAGCCGAUCUACAGCCGGGUGCUGAAGCCUCUCGGCCCCCCAGGGAGAGAGCAGUCGGUGGAUGAGAGUCGGCCUGCCUCCGUCUUUGAGGACCUGGGGGAGAUCUGAGAGCAGGCGGCCAGUGCCCUUGAGGGCAAGCCCCGCAGCCCCGCUGGAAGGACCACCGGCAGCUUCCGUGGCUGCCGCCUCUGCAAACCCUCAGGAAUCCCCCAGCCUAGAGGGGCAGCUCCAGUUGCUGAGCCCAGAACUGGGAUCUGAUGCUUUGGAAAGUUUCCUAUAAAUGUGUGGGUGUCUUCCUUUUGUUUAGAAAA